AUGUCUUGUAAGUUUGAUAUAAACAGUUUAUGCCGUUGCUGUCAUGCUCAAGGGAAUUUUAAGAGCCUUAAUGUAUGGACAGCUGAAAAUAUUCAAGAUGACUAUUGUGUGUUGCUGAAAGAUACAUUUGAUAUUAUUAUCUCGCCUGUACCCCAAGACAUUGGUGUAUCAUAUAAUAUAUGUGGUAUAUGUGAGCCCAGACUUAGAGAUGCUGCAUUGUUUAAAAAACAAGUGUUGUCUUGUGAAGACAAGUUGAAACAGUAUCUUUACAACAACUGUCAGCUUAAAGAUGAAGCAGUUUUGGAGAAAGAAGUUAAAAAGGAAUUAGGGCAAGAUGGUUGUAAAAUAGAAACGCUAACUCAUUCGGAUGAAAAGUUGGACACACAAUGUAGUGACAUCAAACUUCAACACUUCGACAAGUUCCUGCAAGCUGAAGACGAUGACCAACCACUGUCUACAUUGUGUAACCCUAAGGCCGUGGAGUAUGAACCGCCGGAGCUACAUGAUGACCCUGGUGUGGAAGAUGUGGAUUGGAGAACGAGAGAUUUAAGUGAUGAGGAGGAGCUUAGAGAAAAAAAGACAAAAUCAAAAAAAUAUUCCUGUGAAAUUUGUCAAAAGAAAUUCUCUUACAAUGGUUCUUUGGAAGUUCAUAUGAAAGUCCACAGCGGAGAAAAAUCUUUCACAUGUCAUUUAUGCAACACUUCUCACACAGACAAUAAAGAAUUGACCAAACAUAUAACUAUAACGCAUAUAGUCGACAACCGAUACCCCUGCGAGGCCGAGUGUCCUAUGAUACGGGAUACGGAUAGUGCCGUAUAG